AUGAGUCAGUUACAAAAAAUGGAGGUGAACCCCGAUCUGGCGAUGGAAAGGGAGAAAUGCAACUUUAAUAUUAUGGAAGUGACGCAUAUUCUUGAUGGGGGCGAGGAGAAUACGGCGCGCAGAAAGAAAAUAGAAGACAUAGCUUUAAACAGUGGAGCGUCGAAGGACUCCUUUCCAGAAGAACACAUGAGUCCAAAGGAGAAGUAUGAAAAUGCUGUGAGGAAGUCAUGCCUGUAUGCUGAUCUUGUCAAGAAUCAUUUUGCUCAUCUCACUGGAUUGGAAACUUUUGGAAUUAAUUCGGGCGUCAUCAGGCGCACGGCAGAUGCUUUCUUCAAAGAAGUGUCUCCAUUUUUACUCCAUAUGGGCAUGUUUGUGCCAACCAUCAUGGGCCAAUGUACUUCGGAGCAGCUGUCCUACUGGCUGCCAAGAGCAAUGGACAUGCAAAUUAUCGGGACCUACGCCCAGACUGAGCUCGGCCACGGUACAUUCAUAAGAGGGCUGGAGACGACUGCUACAUACGAUCCAGAGACUGAAGAGUUUGUUCUGCACAGCCCUACUUUGUCCUCUUACAAGUGGUGGGCGGGAGGCCUUGGAAACACAGCAAACUACUGCAUCGUGGUAGCCCAGCUGUACACGAAGGGUGAAUGCCAUGGUACCCAUCCAUUCAUCGUUCAGAUCCGAGAUGAGGAUACUCACAUGCCGCUCCCAGGCAUCACUGUGGGAGAAAUCGGACCAAAGAUGGGAUUCAACACGGCUGACAAUGGGUUCCUAGGGUUCAAACAUUACAGAAUACCUAGGGAACAUAUGAUGAUGAAGAAUGCACAGGUUUUGAAGGACGGUACCUACGUGAAAGUGGCGAGGCAUGGCAAGCUGACUUACGGGACGAUGGUGUUUGUUCGAGUGAUUUUGGUCAACGAGGCUGCUUUUAACCUGGCGAAGGCUUGCACCAUCGCUGUGCGGUACUCUGCCAUUCGCAGACAGUCACGACCGAAGCCUGAUGAAGCUGAGCCUCAGAUCUUGGACUACGCGACACAGCAGCACAAGCUGUUCAUCACCAUAGCAACCGCGCAUGCGCUACAAUUGUCCAGCAGUUGGUUGUGGCAGAGCUUCAGCGCUGUGCUUAGUGAAAUGAAGGAUGGCAACACUGAUAAGCUUCCUGAGUUCCACGCCCUCUCGAGUUGUUUGAAGGCAGUGAGCACGUCUGAUGCUGCAUUCUUGAUAGAGCAGUGUCGCCACGCGUGUGGAGGUCAUGGCUACAUGAUCUCAUCUGGCAUCCCGCAUCUUUACAACUUCGUGUCUGCUACCAGGACUUACGAGGGAGACUACACUGUGUUGCUUCUACAGACAGCUAGGUUUUUGGUAAAAGCAUAUGAGCAGGCUGAAGCAAAGCAGCCGCUGACUCCAACAGUUUCCUACCUGACGCUGGCCUUCUCUCGUAAGGAACCUUGGGACAGCAGCCCUGCAGGCAUCGUCAGAUCCUUUCAAGCUCUCGCUGCAGGAAAAAUAUCUUCAUGUGUGAAAAAUAUGAGGAAACAUAUGCGAUCGGGAUUAUCUGAAGUGGAUGCUUGGGAGAUGUCCACUAUACAAUUGGUGUCUGCGGCUGAGGCUCAUUGCCGUGCUGUGAUCUCGGAUGCGUACAGAAGUGAAAUCAUGAGACUGACUGCCAACUCAAGUCCCAAUGUGAAGAUAGUAAUGGAACAACUGUCGACCCUCUACCUUUACUACUGGGCUCUGCAAAGGACUGGGGACUUAUUGCUGUACACGUCAAUAUCGGAGAAGGAUAUCGUGGACCUGCAAUCGGCUUAUGAAGAACAGCUUCAGAAGAUUAGACCUAAUGCCGUUGGUAUUGUCGAAGCAUUCGAUCUUCGGGACGAACUUCUACAUUCAACCCUAGGAUCAUACGAUGGUCGUGCCUACGAGCGUCUGAUGGACGAAGCUUUGAGGAGUCCUAUGAACAAGGAGCAAGUCACCCAAGCUUACUACAAGUACUUGAGGCCGAUGAUGAAAGCUAAUCUGUGA